AUGGCAUUCUCGCCACUGGGUGCCGCCCUGUCACCUUCAGCAACAGCUCCUUUAAAAAAGAGUACAGCUUCUGGGCCCGCGCCUCCCGUGCAGGAGAACGAGUAUUUCCCUCAGCUACAGGGCGGUGCGGAUCGCGAGAUCACAGAACAGCUGAAUGAUGAAGUGAGACACAAGUACAUCAAAGCUAAGAAACUAGGUGAGGGUACCUAUGCUGUCGUCUUUCUCGGCCACCUUCGAACCGAUCCUUCCUCAUUCGUGGCCAUCAAGAAAAUCAAGGUCAACACGGAAUAUAAAGACGGACUGUCGAUGGACGCUAUCCGCGAAGUGAAGUAUUUGCAAGAGCUUUCUCACCCAAAUAUCAUCGCGCUUCAUGAUGUAUUCUCAUCCAAGGAUCAAAAUCUCAACUUGGUUCUCGAGUAUCUACCACGCGGCGAUCUAGAAAUGCUCAUCAAGGACAGCAAUAUACAUUACGGUUUGGCCGACAUCAAGGCAUGGAUGGGCAUGCUUAUCCGAGGAGUCUGGUUUUGUCAUGAGAACUUUGUCUUGCAUCGAGAUAUAAAACCAAACAAUUUGCUCAUUGCCUCCGAUGGGGAGGUCAAACUAGCAGAUUUCGGUCUGGCUAGGUCCUUCGCGGACCCGUAUCUGAACAUGACGCAUCAGGUUAUCACACGAUGGUACCGGCCGCCUGAACUUCUCUAUGGUGCGCGCCAGUAUUCUGGUGCCGUUGACAUUUGGUCUGUCGCAAUGGUGUUUGCUGAACUUCUUCUGCGGGUCCCGUUUGUCGCAGGGAACUCGGAUCUUGACCAAAUUACCAGAAUUUGCGAAGCCUUUGGGACACCAACCGAAGACAACUGGCCAGGUGUAUCAAAGUUGCCAAAUUACAUCCCAGCAGACGCAAGUCAUCUCGUUCCCGUGCAAAGCCGAGACUUUUUUCUCCGGCAGUUUCCAACUGCUGGUCCGGUCGGCGCAGACUUAUUAAUGUCAAUGUGUACGCUGGAUCCAAGAAAACGAAGUACGGCAUACCAAGCGCUCCGGCACAGUUGGUGGACUACCGAGCCUAGGCCGACAAACAAACAAGACCUCCCUCGAAAAGCUGGCGGCACCAAGAAAAUGGGCGACGACUUGACUCGGCGGGGGGGCGAGCUUGACGACCAAUUCAAGAAUGCUGCUCGGCAGCUGGACUUUUCUGCGAUGAAGGCAUAA